AUGGCAGAUACAUCAGAGAUGCCAGCUUUGGUGUCAUUCACAGAAAAGUGGCACACCGAACCAUACUCUUCCAUCUCCCCCAAGCGACCAGAGCUGUCGUCAAGUGGAAAGAACGUCAUUGUCACCGGCGGUGCAACAGGAAUCGGGCGGGGCAUUGCAGUCGCAUUUGCUCAGGCAGGGGCGAAGUGUGUGUCUAUCAUAGGCAGGCGACUUGACAAGCUCAAGGAGGCAGCGGACAUUAUAUCAAAGGAGGCAAGCAAAGAUACGGAUGUUCUAUACGAACAAGCCGACCUCUCGGAUCGCGGCCAAGUCGAUGCAGCGUUCAAGUCUGUCACGGACAAGUCUGGCAGGAUCGACAUUCUCGUGUCGAACGCUGGCUUCCUGCCAACGCCUGGCAUGCUUGUGGGCUACGACGCGGGCAAACUCAUGCAAGGAUUUGAGCUUAACGUUUUGACCACUUUCAAUGCUCUUCAGGCGUUCGUCCCUCUCGCAGGUCCCCAGCCGCUCGUGAUCCAUAUUUCGACGGCAGUUGCACAUUUCAGGCCCAUGGCUGGAGCAAGCGGCUAUGCGGCGUCCAAAGCGGCCGCUCUCAAGAUCAUGGACUACUUUGCCUGGGAGAAUCCGGAGAUUCAUGUGGUCAAUGUCCAGCCUGGCUGGGUGCCAACAGAUCUCAAUGGACACGAACCUAGAGCUCCUGAUGUUGCUGAUCUGCCCGGACAAUUCUGUGUUUGGCUUGCAUCGCCCGAAGCGAAAUUUCUCAAGAGCAAAUUCGUAUGGGCAAACUGGGAUGUCGAAGAAAUGAUGGAGAGGGCCGAUGAGAUCAAGAACAGCAAGCUGCUCGACUGGAUGCUUGAGGGAGUCCCAAUGUAG